AUGAGUUGUUUAGCUUGGAACUGUCGUGGGCUUGGGAACUUGCGUACAAGGAGGGAGCUCGUGGAAAUCAUACGGGCAAAAGAUCCCACUGUAGUGUUUUUAGCCGAGACACUUACAAAUGAUGCUAGGCUAGAGUUUGUGCAAAGAAGUAUUGGUUUUGAUCAUAGAUGGGUGGUUCCAAGAGUGGGAAGAGGUGGAGGAUUUGUUCUGUAUUGGAAAGCUUCGAUCAAUUUAAAGGUGGAAGAUUCGGAUAGGUACUGUAUUGAUGCGGUGAUUGAUAAAAAUACGGAGAAUGAGUGGAGAUUAACGGGUUUUUAUGGUGAACCAGAUACAGCAAGACGUCAUGAAGCUUGGCUUAGUUAUGGGGAUUUUAAUGAAAUUAUCAAACAAGAGGAGAAGCUUGGGGGUGCAAGAAGGCCUUAUAAUCAGAUGCAAAAUUUUAGGGAGGUGAUUGAUGAGUGUAGGUUCAUGGAUUUGGGAUUUAAGGGCUCUAAAUUCACUUGGAGCAAGCACUUUGAAAAUGGGGUUUCAAUUUGGGAGAGGCUUGAUAGGUGUUUGUUUCGGCUUGGGGCAGUGGGGUAUGAAGUCGGUGAUGAGGGUGAUAUACUAAGAAAAGUGGAGAAGCGUGGUAAGGAAUUGGGGCAAUGGGAGAAAAGUGUUUUUGGGAAUGUGAGAUUGGAAUUGAACCGGUUGAAAAAGGACCUAGCUAGAGAAGAGAGGGUAGCCAUGGUUAGUGGGAAUAAUUUUAAGGUGAGACAGAUUAAAAAAGAAAUUGAGGUGUUGCAAGAUAGGGAAGCUUUAAUGUGGGCUCAACGAUCACGAAUUCUAUGGGCAAAUCAGGGGGAUAAAAAUACAAAGUAUUUCCAUAGCUAUGCCUCAAAGAGAUAUAGGAAGAACUCAAUGGAAGGUAUUAGGGAUGAGGGAGGUGUAUGGAGAACUAGACAGGAGGAUAUUGGGGAAGUAAUGGUGAACUGUUACAAGUCUCUAUUUACCUCAACAGAUGGGAGGGUCUCUACAGGCAUCUUAGAUUGUGUGCCUACAGUGAUAGAUGAGGAGAUGAAUGAAAGCCUAUGUAGAGUGUUUGAAGCAAGUGAAGUAGCUACUGCCCUCCAACAAAUGGCGGCCCUCAAAGCUCCUGGACCAGAUGGCAUGCCUCCGCUCUUUUAUCAACAUUUUUGGAGCACGGUGAAUCAUGUUGUUACCUCAGCCAUCUUGUCAUGGUUGAACUCAGCGUAUGAUCGGGUGGAGUGGUAUUACUUGGAGGGGAUAAUGAGGAAAAUGGGUUUUAGGGAGAGGGCAACAAUGGAGGAGUGCAACAAUGUCUUGGAGAUACUAAAAGAGUAUGAAGAAGCCUCGGGUCAAAAAAUGAAUAGGAGUAAAACCUCCUUGUUCUUUAGCAAGUCUACUCCGGAGGGGGUGAAGCAUGGAAUUAAGGCGGCUUUAGGUGUACCAGAAAUCUUGCAUUAUGAAAAAUACCUUGGGCUGCCCUCCUUGGUUGGGAAAGGAAAAAAAGAAAGUUUUAGCUACAUUAAGGAGAAGGUUUGA